AUGGAACUCAGCGGCCGCCAGGACACGACGGUUCGUAAUUCUGCCACCGCCGUUUGCCUGCUUGCAAACGAUUUGAAAGUAAACAACACUCUCACUCAACUUGAUCUUGCGGACAACGGAAUAUCCGAUAGAGGAGGUGGCGCACUAGCAGAAGCACUGAAAGUAAACAACACUCUCACUCAACUUGAUCUUGCGGGCAACCAAAUAUCCUAUAGAGGAGGUAAAGCACUAGCAGAUGCACUGAAAGUAAACAACACUCUCACUCAACUUGAUCUUGCGCACAACUAUAUAUCCGACAGAGGAGGUCAAGCACUAGCAGAAGCACUGAAAUUUAAUCGAAUAUUAAAUAGUUACUAUUUUAGUGGCGGGAUUCAAGAUUCAAUUAUUGCAAAACGUUUAACAAAAGUAUAUCAAGAACUUGAACAUAUUCAAGUGGCUAAGGCUGAACUGUCUUUUUGUAAAACGUUAUUAAAAUUGUUAAUUGAUGAUUUAGAACUACUCAAAGGCAUGAGACAUAGUCAUCGUAAUCUGAAAAUUGACUAUUUUACACAACAUUUUGUCGAUCAAUUAGAAAUGAAUGUUAACUGUGUUAAAUUAUUACAGUCAAGAUUUCCUGGUCAACCAAUUGCAACAAUAUCUCUAUCUGGAGGACAAAAAAUUCGUUUCAGUCCACAUAUAUUCGUACUUGAUGAACCAACCAAUCAUCUUGAUAUGGAAACAAUUAAAGCAUUAGGACAUGCAAUUAAAAACUGUGAAGGUGGUGUAAUACUUGUAUCUCAAGAAACUUUUAAUUAA